GCAAUGCCAAACUAAACCUGAGUUGUGAAGUAAAUUAAAAAGGCAUCCAAAGAAUCUACUUGACUUUUGAGAAACAUAUAAAUAGUGUCAAUAAUUAAUAAAGGAAGACAAUUAUUUUGUAAGUAUGGGAGGAGGGAAAAUUGUUGGGAUAUUGAUCUUUGUGGUUGUGGUUGUUUCAGCAGCAGGAGGAGGAGGGGAAAAUCAUCAUCAUCAGCAGCAGAAAUGGUGGAAGUGGAUGUCUUCUACUUCUGCAGCAAUGGUCAAUCCAGUUGUCUCUUCUUCAAUUGUCCUACCACUCUAUGGCAAUGUCUAUCCCCUUGGUUAUUACUAUGUUCAGCUCAAUAUAGGGCAGCCUUCAAGGCCUUUUUUUCUUGAUCCUGAUACUGGCAGUGACCUCACCUGGCUGCAAUGUGAUGCUCCCUGUGUUCGCUGCACAACCGCGCCUCAUCCAUUCUACAAACCAAAUAAUGACCUCGUACCAUGCAAGGACCCUCUCUGUGCCUCCUUGCACCCUGCUGGUUACAAAUGUGAAAGUCCAGAACAAUGUGACUAUCAGGUUGACUAUGCCGACGGAGGUUCAUCUCUAGGUGUCCUACUUAAUGAUGUGUUUCACUUCAACAUGACCAGUGGUGCUCGGAUGAUACCUCGUUUGUCUUUAGGGUGUGGAUAUGAUCAGUUACCUGGUCAAUCUUAUCAUCCUUUGGAUGGAGUGCUUGGUCUUGGGAGAGGAAAAACCAGCAUUGUGUCUCAGCUUCACAGCAAGGGUGCGGUGCAAAAUGUGGUAGGUCAUUGCUUGAGUGGUAGAGGAGGAGGCUUUCUCUUCUUUGGAGAUGAGGUUUAUGAUUCCUCACGCAUAGUCUGGACUCCUAUGGCACAUGAUCGCAUGAAGCACUAUUCAGCAGGAUCUGGAGAACUCAUAUUUGGGGGAAAAGGCACGGGAUUGAAGAAUCUUUUUGUAGUCUUUGACAGUGGAAGUUCCUUCAGUUACCUAAACGCACAUACAUACGAAGGUUUCAUUUCGCUAUUGAAGAAAGAACUGAAUGGGAAGCCACUAAGAGAAACAAAGGAUGAUUAUACACUCCCAUUGUGUUGGAAGGGCAGGAGACCUUUCAAAACCAUAAAUGAUGCGAAGAAAUACUUUAAGCAGUUUGCACUUAGCUUUGGCAAUGGAUGGAAAUCGAAAGCUCAUUUUGAAAUUCCCCCUGAAUCAUAUCUUAUUAUUUCAUCAAAGGGCAGUGUCUGCUUGGGAGUUCUUAAUGGUACUGAAGCUGGCCUGCAAAAUGUCAACCUUAUUGGAGAUAUAUCAAUGCAAGAUAAAAUGGUGAUCUAUGAUAAUGAGAAGCAAGCAAUAGGUUGGAUGUCUGCAAAUUGUGACAGACCACCAAAGUCGAGUAACAUGAUAAUGUAAUUAAACAAACACUAAUUUUUUAUGAUUCUAUUUGUAUAAAUAAAUGGGGAAUAAUAAUAAGAAGCCUCCCCUUUUGUAUGUAUACUCUCACUCCGAGAAACAAAAAUUCUGAUGAAUAAUGGUCUUUUUACACAA